AUGACAUGGGAGGAUGUAGUCUCCAAGUUUCACCGAUCCCACAGCCCGACAAUCCAGGACAUCGCGCCCUCCCUCGCCGCUGCUGGCCGGCCAUUGAGCCCCGCCCCCGCCGUCGCCAACGUCCAGUCCCUGUUCGCGCACGACCCUCAAGAGAUGGAUAUUGAUUCGAACCCUCCUUCUUCUCAUCAACCCGGCCGGCCUCCGUUGAGUGAUGCUAGAAUCCGCACUCCGCUGCCGUCGGGUCCUCGCCUUGAGAAGUCGCUGUCGUUGCCAGGUAUCGAGAGCUUUAAGAACGACCUUCAGACUAACGUGGGGCGCAUGCUCUCCACCCCAAGCCGAGACCGGUACACCUCGGUUCAGGUCCUCUUUUUGUUCUGGCAGGACGACGAGGAUGUGUCUACAAUCCACUCGGCUGUUCGGGAGCUUGGUGAGGUCUUUGACAAGUACUACCAUUAUGGUUUCCAGGUACAGACAAUACCCUCGUCGUCUGACGGCUGCAAGAGCUCCUGGAGGUGGCUUUCGCGACAGCUCAACGAGUUUGCCGAGGACCGUGACGAGCGCGAUGUCUUGAAGAUUGUCUAUUAUGCCGGACAUACAUAUCUAGACGGCAAUCGUGAGAUGGUCUUGGCGAGUUCGAGGGACCCAGAACGGGCUUCGACCAUCCGAUGGGGCGGAAUCCAGCAGACCCUAGAGGAGGCUCGAGCCGAUACUCUCAUCAUCAUGGAUGCAGCGUACUACCCGUCAUCUCGUAUGGUUCGACAGCAAGGUGUCCUGGAGCUACUGGCAGCGUCGGUGUCGGAGGAGCACUUCUAUAGCCUCGAUCGAUGCGCCUUCACACGGGCUCUGGCCGAGCAACUUCGAGUCAGAGCAGCACGAUUGAGUCCUCUUUCGGCCGCUGAGCUGCACGCAAACCUGUUCUCCCACUAUGCCAAGAUGGUGCAGGACAAGAACCCAGAGCAAGAGGUGGUAACCAGCUUCCCCUCGCCACUGCACAUGAUGAUGUCGGGUAACUCGAGACUUCCGUCCAUCUUCUUGUCGCCGGUAUACCAAAACAGCCCGAUGCGCAGCAGCUUCUCGUCAUACGAGAAUAGUCCUCAAUUGCAUCUGUCGAUUCGUCUGGACGACGACAAUGUCAACCUCGAGAGCUGGAACGAGUGGCUGCGGCUGAUGCCCGAGGGAAUCAAGGACAUCAAGGUUGAAGGCCCCUUUCGAGCUACCUUUAGAUGA